CCAGUAACAGCACAUUUGAGUUUUUUCGGUAACGUUGGAGGUGGCUUGAUGUUGAACACUUUUUUAAAAACGACAUCGUUAGGAUCGUUUAGAACUGUUACGAAUGUCCUCUCGUAGUAUUUUUCUUCACAGCUUUCGCUUUCUUCGUUUGUACUAAAAAUAACGAUUAAUAAUUUUCGAAUUACAUAUUAAAUAGACGAGCAAAUUACUCUAUUGUUUGGAUAACGGGCAUUCUCAUAGAUUUAUACUGUAUCAUUGGUCCCGAAGACAUCUUUUUGAUCGGUCUUUUGGUCUUCUUUUCGUUCUCCAACUUCUGAUAUCUCUCUACAAUCGACGCAUUUUUACUAACAAAUCAUUAGCCUUUUAAUAAUCGUUUUACCGAGCGAUUUGAGAUUUUCCUCCUCGGUGCAUUUCGCCUCUUCCAAUAGUUCCUCUUGCGUCGGUAUCCAUUCUUCUACGGCUUGUUUCCUCACCUUCUUACGCUGCUCGAGGUCCCUCACUUUCACCCUUUGCGCAGUCUCCGCCGUCCUGGCCAACGUCGAUUUCCUCACAGACUUCCUUCCUAAAUUAACACAAAAAUAUAUUCGAGUUGAAAGAAACGAACGUUCCCUAGUUACUUUCGACACGACGACAUUCACCCUUCAAAUUCACCUCCAUAUAUAAAAAAAUUCAACUCACCGAACGAUUCGUUUGCGGUACUCGACGAGUGCUUGACUUUCGAAAAUUUGGGUUUCGGCAAUUUGGGCUUCUCGCUCUGUUGGACGGGCUCCUACGAUACGAGUUUUUGGAUGAAAUUCGACGUUUUUACAACAUAUUUAUUUAAAAUGGAAUAAAUACAAACACAAACGCAUGAAAGGAAUAUUGGUGGCUGGAUGCGCCAAAAGAAUAGCCUAAAAAUGUUUUCUAGAAUGCCCCUGCAAUUUACUCCCUUUGUUUUUGGAGUCGCUUUAGCAGUCGCUUUGGGGACCGUAGUUUACCACGUGUGGAAUUCGACCAAUCAAAAUCAAAAUCGCUACAAUUACAAUGAUGACACCACCACCACGUUCGACUGUGGAUACGAUACUCCCGUAUGGAAGAAUGAUACCGAUGAGAAAAACGAGAGAUUGAAGAGAAGAAAAAAGACGGUGGAAAAGUGUUCGAUUUGCUUGGACGAUAUGAAAAUGUGGAUGAAAAACGUAAGUCUGUUGAAAUGCAACCACAGUUUCCACACGCAUUGCAUCGAACGUUGGUUUAUGAUGAGCAACGGGGGACGCCGGAUUUGCCCCAUUUGCAGGGACAAUUGACUCGAUCACUUAUACUCAUUUUUAAUCGUUUUUUCCGUAUUAUAAGGGCAGCAAAUAAAAACUUUGAAGGAAAUUUUUGAAUAUGUAAAAAUCUUAUCUGGUAAUUUUUAGCAUAUCUGUUCGAUUUCGUUUUGCGUUUUAUUGACAUUAGUAACGAAAAAUUAAAUGAUGUUCAUACUCGUUAAUAAUAAACUUCCUGAGAAUGUACUUACUAUCAUCGGAGUCUUGAAAUAUCAAUUCUCAGAGUAUAGUAAUUUCUUUUCUUAGCAGAUGUGAUUAUAUCUGAAUACUAAGCAAUACUUUUAGAAUUAUUUUGGUAUGUUUAAAUUGUUAAAUUACGCCUUAAGUUCACUUUAGGUGACACGAUUUCAUUUAGAAUAGUUGAAGAAUAUAAUUUUCUUUACAUAUUAUUCAACUAAGUGUCGCCUAAAAUGGUCUUUAGGUAAAAUAUUACCGGUUGAUUUCAUAAAAUUUAAGUAAUAAGUUUUAUAUAUUAAAUUUUUUUAUGAAAUUCAACAAGUAGAAUUUUAAUAAGCGUAUUUAAAUGAAGAACCUAGUGAUAAUAAUUGUUUAAACCGAAUUAUUUUACAUUCGGUUAAAAUAAAUUAUAUUCAAUUAGUCUGAUAUUUAAGUGAUAAAUUGACUCGUAUCAUUAGUGUGAUAAUUGGUUGGGUACAAAAAAAUGUAUGUUGGAUUCUAUAACACACCGGAUUGUUUUAGGUUUAAUUUAUUUGUAAAUCGAUUGAUAAAUUUACGUUUUUUUUAAUAUAAUAAACUUCUUAAAUAAAUCUCUAUUUUUUAUCCUAUUACCCCCUUAAAAAGAUCGAUAUAGAAUUCGAAACGAAAGUAAUCAACUUACUAAUAUUUUUUUUCCUUUCUAAAAAAAAUCACAGCGUUGUGCUUACGAUACGUCCAGUAAAUGUUGAAGAGACACCGAUGGAUUCGCAACCACUGGUUUUUCUUCGGUCCGAUUUAUCCAACUUUGCGUUUUUUCGAAACCUCCAGCCUACAACAACAUUCAACUUGCUUUAAACACAAAAAAUUCUAAUCAAUAACUCACAUCCAAUACGUUCUGAUCGUAUUCCUUGGCCCUCAAUUUCAACUCGUUUCGAAGAUGCCACUCCUGAAUGUAGAUAUGAAUUUUCGACAACGGUUUACAACAACCUUUCUU